AUGACUGUAACAGCAAAUAUAGUUCCUACUAUCAGUGGAACUAUACAAAGAAAUUCCAUGUCGAAAUCUCUGUCAAGCCAUUUGGAAAACUUAUUACUCAGUGUUGAACUAGCCGACACGAUACCACUAAAACAAGAGUCAUCCACCAUAGAUGUGCUUAUAGGUAACGACUACUACCUCGACAUCGUUCUCCCCAACCGUUUGGAGAUACAACCUGGCUUAUAUCUACUUGCUUCGAAAUUAGGAUGGAUCCUAACGGGACGUGCGAAUGAAAAGAGUCAGGAAGAUUCAGGAAUCAGUAUGUUUGUUAUGACGUAUGGAAAAGAGCUAACAAGAAACAGUGUUUUCGCAAGUGUGGAUGCGUCAAUGGAAGUCCAGCCUGACCUGCAAACAUUUUGGGACCUAGAAUCUAUUGGGAUCACCAAUAAGAUAGAAGUUAGCAAUGACGAAAAGGCCAUGCAACGAUUCAGAUAUACUCUGAAGUUUGAAAAUGGUCGCUACCAAGUAACAUGGCCUUGGCGCGAAGAAGUGUUUAAUCUACCAGUAAAUAGACAGCUUGCUAAUGGUCGUUUAAAAUGA